AUGAUCACUCGCUUUGAUGCCAUGAAGAACGAGAGGUCUUUAGGAGAUUUCAAGGGAGGAACAAAGCCGUUGAUAAUAAAUGACAUGUAUAAUAGUAGCGACAAUACUAUCAAAUCCAGAAAAGAGGCUACUUGUUUGCAAGGAAGGAAGGAGAAAGUAGUGGAAAGAGAGAAACCCCAUGCCGGUGAUGGGAAGGUUUCUUUGCGCGAGUACAAACACAUCAUCCCCUAG